GUCUCUAGCAAAACACCCUUGGAGGUUUUUCCCGCUCUAGGGUUUUGAAAUGCAGGGAUGCGUGCCCAGCGAGGAGCAGCGAGCACGGAUUCUGGCCAGCCAUCGCGCUGCCAAGGCGCGGCUGGCUCGGAAAUCCGUCGGCGCCGGCGCUCAUUUGGACCAGAGGAAGAGCCCUGACAGGAAGAAGGUAUGCGGGGUGAGGCCGCCUCUCGCGGAUGUGGAUGUGAAUGCUGCUGUGGGUGGAGGGAAAGCACAAGUAUCCACUGUUGGUCCCCAUACUUCAUUGGGGGCGUUUGAGGACUUCGACGAUUUUGAUGAUGACGCUUUCGAGGAGAUUGAUAGGCUUUGUAGCAAGAGGAAUGAAGACGCUCGCGAUGGAGGUUCUGCAGCGGACAUGCCAACGUAUCUCCGGAAGCUCAAUGUGUCCCAAAGGGAUGCAGCGCUGAGCAACAUUGAUAAGCCACUUCUGAUUGUUGCCGGGCCGGGAAGUGGAAAGACCUCUACAAUGGUCGCACGUAUUCUGACAUUGUUAAACGAGGGGGUAGACUCCAAGAACAUUCUAGGAAUGACCUUCACGACAGCUGCUGCAACGGAGAUGAUGGACCGUGUCGCUGCUGUGGUGGGGAAGGAGGCGUCCAAGGAACUUAUGAUUUCGACGUUUCAUUCCUUUUGCUUGCAACUCUGUCGCUCUCAUGCGGAGAAGUUGAACAGGACAUCUGAGUUUCUAGUUUAUGGAGCUAGCCAGCAACGGAAGGCCGUGAUUGAGGCAACACGGUUAGCUUUGGAAGCAACAGAAAGCUGUGACGCUCAGAAACCCGAAGUGUGGAGAGAACGGGCGAAAAAAUGGCAGCAGUUCGUAACGCAGGUAAAAGCUUCCGGACAGGAUUCUGAGCAGAUUGAGAAAUCAGGAAAUCAUCUUGGGGCAGCUAUUCUGAGGCAUUACGAAAGAAUACUGGCAUCCUGCAAUUCGCUGGACUACCAUGACUUCAUUGGAUUUGCUGUAAAGCUUUUAACUGAUCAUCCUGAUGUGUUAGCGGAAUGUCACAACAUUUGGGCAUAUGUACUGGUUGACGAAUUCCAAGAUACGAGUGUGAUGCAGUACAAGCUUUUGCGGCUUCUUUCUCUGCACGGGAGGGUCACUGUGGUUGGGGACGAUGAUCAAUCCAUUUUCAGCUUCAAUGGUGCCAACUCUCUCGGUUUUUCCACAUUCCGGAAUGACUUUCCAAACCACAAAGAGGUGAGACUACACCAAAAUUAUCGCUCCACUGGCUGUAUUGUAGAAGCAGCGAGAUGUGUCAUUCAACAUAAUGAUUCAGGCUGCAGCGCUAAAGUUGUGCGAACGGAUAACGAUUUUGGAGAAAAGAUAGUUGUUAUGGAGUGCCGAAAUGAAGAAGCACAGUGCGCAUUUGUGGUUGAUGAAAUCCUGGAAAAGGCAUCAAUUGCCAGUGACAUCAAGCCGGUGUUUGCAAACUUUGCUAUACUCUACAGACGACAGGUCACAGGUAAAAUAUUUCAAUCUGCUUUCCGUAGUCGAAAGAUUCCGUUCAAUAUGCAUGGAGUAGCAGUCUACCGCAAGAAGGUGGUUAAAGACGUGAUUGCUUUAUUGUGGACAUCUUUAGGAAGAAGUGGGACCGUGUUUGAAAGAAGAGUAUUUAAGGCGUUAUAUGGUGGUGAUAAAACGGAAACAAAGAAGGCAGUGGAGUACGUGGAAAAGUACGCAAAAAAUGAAAAGUGUAGUUUUCUUGAAGCAGCAGAGAUUAUUUUUACGGCAAAAGUUUCGGGUACCUUUAGCAGGCGCCAACUUAGCCAAGGCCGGAAAGUAUUGACUACCGUGGAGAUGGUGAAACGCUUGGCUGCCAAGGAACAAUCUUUGUCGAGCCUAGUGACCGCUGUAUUGAAUAUGCUACCUCAGAGACGCGCUUUUGAAUCUCGUGCAGUCGUGGAUGAAUCGGGGGGAAAGCUCUUGAACGAGGAUGAAGAUUGUCGGACUGUGUUGGACUAUCUUUUGGAUGAUGUUUCCGAAUUUCUGUGUAAGCACAUUAGGCUUCAAGAGGAAGUGAAACCAAAUUCUCGGCAGCUGGGAUGCUCAGUGCUUCUUAAAGAUUUUCUGGACCAUAUAACUGUUCGAGAGACCGAGAACUUUCGAACUCGCAGAGAAGAAAAUCAUAAUUCAGUAACGUUGACAACAAUGCAUCAGUCGAAGGGACUGGAGUGGGACAGCGUCUUCAUUGUGAAGGCCAACGAUAUGGAAACGCCACUGCUUCACGAGUCUUCAUCUUUGGAGGUAUGGCUAUUUCUUCUAAGCAGUCUUUGUAGAUUUAUUGGCAUUCCGUUACAGGAAGAGAGGCGAUUGUUUUACGUUGCAAUGACUCGCGCAAGGAAGAAAUUAUAUAUAGUAUAUAUAGUGGUUAGCCCACAAAGACAGAUCUUGCAGCCAUCGCGAUUCUUAAGUGAAUUGCCGCGACAGCAUUUGCAGUUCGAGGGGUUAUCUGACUGUCCUGGUAAAUUUAAGCUAUUGCAACCUCCAGGCUUAGUGUGUAACUCGUCUAGCAAGGAUGUUUUGGACGAGAACGCGUUAACGGAUUCGUCCGCGUUUUUGAGAAGUUUCAAUAUCGAAGCCAGGUCUACCAUCGCGUCUAUAUUUCAUCAAUGGGCUAAGAAGUCUGCUUUUCAAGAUCCAAAACGUCUGCUCAUGAAAGUUGGUUUGGCUAUAGACGAGCGGCUGCGAUCAAAAACUGCGAAGAAUAAGGAUACAUUGCACGCGUUGAAACGUUCAUUGACAGAUGAUGCAGCAUUUGCGUACGCCGACCAGAUUGUCAAGUGGGAAAAACUUCCUGCACAUGAGCGCUCAGUACACAUGGCUGAACGACAGGAGUACUUCCAGCAAAAAUGUUCUGAGCGUACAAUGGGCUCCGUUCCAGCAACAGCUAAACAGAUUGCGUUUCUUCGGAGCUUCGGUUGCACUGUGAAUCCAUCUUCACGUCUUCACGCCUCGAAGUUGAUCGAGCAGUACAAGGCUUUGUGAUCAUCUAUCAGGGAAAGGGGUUUGCUGAAAUACAGAUCCUUAAGGCUGGUGUACUUGGAGUGGUCGGACCGAUGGUUAUUGGGGGAAUCUUCGGGAAAGGAAUGCUCGUAGGGAUGGGAACGCUUGGGAAAGAAAUACUGGGAACGUUUGGGAAAGGAAUGGUGAAGGGAGUGCUCAUUGGAAUA